CCGGUCACUCCUACUGCGUGCGCAGUUGUUGGUGAAUGGCGCUCAGCUUGUCCUCUCCCCGAUAGGCAGAGGGAGAGGCCCGUGCUGAAAGCGUAAACAUCGGGCGCGGGUCGCAUGAUUUAGAGGACCGAGCGCGGGUGUUUGGCUGCAAAUGGAAGCGGAUGGUUUUGUACGCAGGCGGCGGAUGACAGCGGACACGUCGGGCGGUGACGCCGCGGUGGCUGGUGCUUCCGCGGGCGCGGAGAUCCAGUGGCUCGGCGGGCGCUUCUGGGGUGUUUCGGACGGGCUCGUCGGGACGUUGGCGCCUCGGAUAGCAGGAGAACAGGAGCUUCACGUUGGACAUUUGUAUGGCUCCCACGAAGCCAAUGAUUUAUCUGAACCGGACUAUGAGGGGUUGCCCCAGGGUGCCUCCACCAGCACUCACAUGUUAGCUGGGGCAGUGGCAGGAAUCAUGGAGCAUUGCCUGAUGUUUCCUAUUGAUUGUGUGAAGACCCGCAUGCAGAGCCUUCAGCCAGAACCUGACGCCCGCUACCGUAACGUGAUGGAUGCCCUGCGGCGCAUCGUGAGAACGGAGGGGAUAUGGAGGCCAAUCAGGGGCCUUAAUGCCACAGCUGUAGGGGCGGGGCCAGCCCACGCACUUUACUUCGCCUGCUAUGAAAGAUUGAAGAAGGUUCUCAGUGAUGCCAUCCAUCCUGGAGCAAACAGUCAUUUGGCGAACGGCACAGCCGGAUGCGUUGCUACGUUGCUUCACGAUGCUGCCAUGAAUCCUUCUGAAGUGGUGAAGCAGAGGAUGCAGAUGUACAAUUCGCCAUACCGUGGCGUUCUGGACUGCGUGCGCUGCGUGUGGAAGCGGGAGGGGGCGUUGGCCUUUUACCGCAGUUACACCACGCAGCUCACCAUGAACGUGCCGUUCCAGGCUUUGCACUUCUUGACCUACGAAUACCUGCAAGAGCUGCUCAAUCCCCAAAGACAUUACCACCCCUCUACCCACGUGGUGUCCGGCGCUCUGGCGGGAGCCAUCGCCGCCGCUGCCACCACCCCACUGGACGUUUGCAAGACCCUGCUCAACACGCAGGAGUCUCUGGCUCUCAACUCCGUCAGCCAGAGAGAAAGACGCAUCUCGGGCCUCGGCCACGCCUUCCGGACUGUCUAUAGGCUUGGUGGCCUGCCUGCUUACUUCAAAGGCGUGCAGGCGAGAGUCAUAUACCAGAUGCCCUCCACCGCCAUCAGCUGGUCCGUCUACGAGUUCUUCAAGUACUUCAUCACCAAACACCAGCACGAGAAGCGCCGAACCCAGAGGGAUGGUGAGAAGUAAGCUCUCACGCUGACCCUGGCUUUCUCUCCUGUCGCUCGCAAAACCACCAGACAAGUACUCUUGCUGCAAAAGGACUCAACUAUAGGAAAUGAUACGCACAUAUAGUCUAAACACUCAUUUUUGUUCAUGCAUUUAAUAGACAAACUUUCUGUGUGUAAUUCCACUAAUAACCAUGACCUCACUGUGACGAUUUUGUUCAUUUUGAUGUUAAGGACGAAAAUGUACCUUGCACAGUCCCAAUAGUCAGCCUAAAGUCUUUAAAUCCCACAAGAGGGCGUCAGAGAUCUCUUUGGACAGGAGGUGAGAAAAAUAUGUUAAUGAUGGGGGAGGUCUUUUAAAUGUGUGUGUUGAACCUCCAUUUAUAUUCCCCUUUUAACCCAUAAGCAGAAAAGCAAAUUCCUAUUCCCAGCCAAACUAUAUACGCACAAUUAAAGACAUUUAAUAGAGAUUGGGAUUUUAAACGGUAAUGGCAGAAUGUAGACCUGUACAGUAAUUUAUUGCCAUCGCUAGCUGAACAGCACUUAGAGAUAUACUCGGAGGUAUUUUUGUAGGAUUUGGUGGUAGCACUUGUGGAAAAUGUCCCUGCGGUUUAUCCAAAGUCAAACGCCACAAAAGUUCAUAAAGUCUCUGAUGAUUGGACCCAUUGGUCAGGAUAACCGCUUCGGAAAGAUGGCCCAUAUUAGUUCCCAUACAAUAUAUUUCUGUCAGCAAUGCUUUAGCCAUGCAGAUCACAUGACCAGAUUUCCUGUCCAAUACGCUUCUACACGAAGCGAUGUGAUGUAAUGAUUUUCAAUGGGAAUGAAUGAUUUCUUGCUGGACACUGGAAUGUAUUUUGGUUCUUCUGAAUUGGAGUUGUUCUGUGUGAGAGUUUUGUCUGAAACGCACCUGGCGGUCAAGACCUAUUGACAGAGGUCUGUCUUGCCGCUUCCAUUUUGUUCCUCGGCUUUAAAUAAAUUUGCAGUGCAGGGAUUUCCCUGGUUUGUGUCAGCUGAUGACCGUCUGAUUUCAAUCGUUUUUUUUUACUGUAAUUCAAGGUUUAAACUGUAAAUUUGAGUUGGUCGUAGAUUGAAAAUUUGGCUCAUCUGACUGUAUAAAAAUGAUAACAGUAAACUAUUACAGUGGGGAAUAACAUUCAAAUUAAAACAUUGUAAACAUGG